AUGGCCACCCCCAAUGUCCUAGCUUUUGACGCUGAGGGUAGAGCCAUUGACUUUGCAGUCUGGAUUGAGGACCUGCAGCUGUACUUACUGUGUGAUGCGGUCGAUGAGGUCUCUCUCUUUGACUUUGUCUCUCGCGCUGUCCCUGCCCCUCCUCCUGAUGCUGAUUCCGCCGUUCGCUCCAAGUGGGCGACCCGCGAUGCUGCUGCACGUCUUGCUGUGCGUCGCCACCUCCCUUCCUCCGAGCGUGCCCACUUUAGUCAGUGCAAGACCGCUCAGGCCUUGUACGACGCUGUAGUUGCACGCUACUCCUCCCCUUCCUCCGCUACGCUGAGCCGCCUCAUGCUACCUUUUCUCUUCCCUGACCUCGCUGCCUUUCCCACUGUCGCUGACCUCAUUACCCACCUCCGCGCUAGUGACGCUCGCUACCGCGCUGCCCUUCCUGCUGAGUUCCGCGCCGCCAACCCUCCUCCCAUGUACAUCACUCUCUACUUUCUUGUCACCCGUCUCCCUGAGUCCCUUCGUGUCGUUAGGGACCAGUUUCUCUCUGUCUGUCCCACCACCCUCACUGUCGACCUCCUUGAGGAGUCCCUGCUAGCGGCUGAGAAGAGCAUAGUCGCUGUAGGGGCCUCUCGGGGUGACCCUCGCACCCCCAUCUUUGAGGGGUGUUCUCCUUCCCCCCUGCUGCCCUCUGUCGCCUCAGCCGCUGCGGCCGACCUCGCUGGUUUUGAGUCGGUCGGUGCGGCGUCUGCCCCCAGCGGUAGACGCCGCUCUGGCAAGGGCAAGGGGGGCAAGGGAGCGGGUGGAGCUAGAGGAGGCAGUGGCGGAGGAGGUGGGGGUGGCGGGGGGAGUGGGGGUGGCGGUGGAGGUGGUGGCGGGAGUGGAGGUACUGGUGGAGGCGGUGGAGGCGGAGGUGGCGGCGGAGGCGGUAGCGGAGGAGGCGGGGGCGAGGGUACCAGUGGGGGCGGUGGCGGUGGAGACGGGGGCGGUGGUGGAGGCGGGAGUGGCGGUGGCGGCGGGGGUCGGAGUGUCGCGUCCCAGCGCAGCAGCUCUGGGGGUGGUCAGCGCCAGCAGCAGCAGCAGCAGCAUCAGCAGCGCUCUCGCACCGUCCCCGCCCCUCAGCAGCUCCGUGAGUGGUACUUGCAGCGUCAGCGUGGUGGUGCGUUUGGUCCCUGCCCCUACGUUCUUCGCACCGGCGACCGUGCGGGGGAGAGUGAUGAGGAUGACUGUUACCGGUGUUUCCCGCCCGACCCGGGCAUUGGUACUGCUGCGUCAGGUACUAGUGAGGCUGCUGCUCUAGGUGCCAGUGCGUCUGUGCUCUCAGGUGCUGGUGAGUCUGCCCUCUCAGGUACUGUGUCGGCUUCGGCCUCUCACACCUUCACACUUGACUCUGGAGCGUCUCGCUCCUUCUUUCGGGACCGCACUACUCUCACGCCGCUGAGUCGGCCGGUUGCGGUGUCCCUGGCUGACCCCUCUGGGGGGCCUGUUCUGUCUCGCUUCUCCACGGUACUUCCGUGUCCGGCGGCCCCCUCUGGCACCCUGUCUGGUCUCUACCUCCCCUCGUUCUCGACGAACCUGGUGAGUGGUGCUGACCUACAGGAUGCGGGUGUCCACCAGUUCACUCCUGCUCGUCAGCGGGUGACCCACUGCACGGAGGCUAGCACGGGACGCCACCUGGCUACGUUUACACGUCGGCCAGGGUCGAGCCUGUACACACUGACCACGACUUCUCCUCCAGGUACUGAGUCUGGUAGGGUCCCUUCGUCUGGUCAGGUGUUUGCCGCAACGUCCAGGUCUGGUCCUGAGUCUUCCCCCUGUUCGUGUCGUCGUCUGUCUCACGAGACCCUCCUCUGGCACCACCGCCUUGGCCACCCCUCUCUGCUUCGGCUCAGAGGCAUGGCCUCCCGUCUUCUUGUGUCUGGUCUCCCCCGGUCUCUACCUCCCCUUCCUCAGGGCCCUGGCCCCGCCUCUGUCCCCUGUGUCGAGGGGCGCCAGCGUGCUGCCCCUCACUCCUCCCAGUUUCCUCCGACAGAGGCCCCGCUGCAGACACUUCACAUGGACGUGUGGGGCCCAGCCCGCGUCCGUGGACAGGGUCAGGAGCGCUACUUCCUGCUCGUUGUUGACGACUACUCGCGUUACACCACAGUCUUCCCCUUGCGCAGCAAGGGUGAUGUUACUAAGGUGCUGAUCGACUGGAUCCGCACAGCUCGUCUUCAGCUCAGGCAGAGCUUUGGCUCCGACUUUCCUGUGUUGCGUCUGCACUCUGACAAAGGCGGAGAGUUCUCCUCUGGCCUUCUACGUGCCUACUGUCGGGCGCGAGGCAUCCGCCAGUCCUUCACGCUUCCGGACUCUCCACAGCAAAAUGGGAUUGCUGAGCGCCGCAUUGGCAUGGUCAUGGACGUCGCCCGUACGUCCAUGAUGCAUGCGGCUGCCCCCCAUUUUCUGUGGCCGUUUGCGGUCAGGUACGCAGCGCAUCAGAUCAACCUCCACCCCAGGGUCUCCAGGCCGGAGACCUCCCCAGCCCUGCUGUGGACGGGGAAGGUUGGCGAUGCGUCGGCGUUCCGGGUCUGGGGAUCUCGGGCGUUUGUCCGCGACUUGUCUGCGGACAAGCUGUCCCCUCCCGCUGCUCCCUGCGUCUUCCUAGGGUUCCCCCCCGACGCCCCUGGGUGGCAAUUCUACCACCCCUCCUCUCGACGUGUUCUGUCCUCCCAGGACGUCACGUUCGACGAGUCGGUACCCUACUACCGCCUCUUCCCCUACCGCACUCCGUCCCUCCCCCCACCCCCGCUCUUCUUGGUACCAGGUCCCCCCCCGGUAGUCCCCCUCCCCCCUCAGGGUCCUGCCCCUUCAGGUGUGUCCCAGGUUGACGCGGUCGAGCCUGUCGAGGUCACUGGUGACUCUGGUGCUGCUGCGGGAGCUGAGCCUGGGGGUGCGGAGUCUGGGGGUGUUGAGUCUGGGGGUGCUGAGCCUGGGGGUGCUGAGCCUGGAGGUGCUGAGCCUGGGGGUGCUGUGCCUGGGGGUGCUGAGCCUGGAGGUGCCGAGCCUGGGGGUGCUGUGCCUGGGAGUGCUGUGCCUAGGGGUGCUGAGCCUGGGGGUGCUGAGCCUGGGGGUGCUUCGUCUCGCCGGGAGCCACUCUCCCCACAGGAGCUGCGUGAGUGGUUUGCCAGGCGCUGGAGGCGUGCUGCUGGUGCUGGUGGUUCUUCGGCUGCAGAGGGCACUGCUGCCGCGCGUCCCGGCGGUGCUCGUCCUGUGGGUGCUGGAGCUGCUGGGUCUGCGAGUUCUCCUGGAGCUGGUGCUACUGAGGGUGUUGGCGCUGAGCCUGCUGCUGGCGGUCUGACUGACAGUGCUCCUGGUGCUGCUGCUGGAGGUUCUGGAGCUUCUGGUGGUGCUGCUAGAGGUGCUACUGGAGUGGGUGCUCCUGCCGAGGGUGCUGGUGCUGUUCCUGCUGUUUCUGGCGUCGCCGCGCGGCCCCGACCGUACUUCGUUCCGCUCCUGCAGCAGGUUCUUGGUCUUCCACUUUCUCCUCCUCCCUUAGAGGGUCCGCAGCCUGUCCGGUCACAGCCACAGCUACAGCCUGCCUCCCCUUUGCCUGCUCCUUCUGCCUACGCUGGUCCGACUGGAGGUCUUACUGAGCGUCGUGAGCCUGCGUCUCGUCCUGCGUCGCCUGUUCGUACUGAGCGCGCUAGUGGUCGCGGGUCGCGUCAGCGUCCUCCUCCUGUUCCUGGCACGCACCGGAUGUCACUGCGUCCGUCCACUGCUCCUCUGCGUGCCCCUUUGCCUUCUCCUCCUGCUUCCUCUCUUCCUGCUCUUGCCGACCCGGAGUCGGACUCACUUCGUGCUGCCAGUCCUACUGUCACGCGUCUCCUUGCUACUGCUGUCACUGACCCUUCCUUCGAGUCGUCUGCUGCGUCUGCCCUUGUCACUGAGCUUGUCGACUUUGCUGCGCGCUGUCGUCUAGACUACGCUGCCAGUCUUGUCGCUGAGUCUGAGUCUGCCUGUCCUCCGUCCGUCGGGGGUGAGUGUGCCCUCGGCACGGACGUCCUUGAGGACAGGCAGGAGGAGUUCCAGUGUCUGGCCGCCGCUUCACCCCAUCUCGCGUCUGUACUGCUAGCCCCUGAGGGAGACCCGGAUGCACCAGACAUCCCGACUCCGCGCUCUUACGCGGAGGCGAUAGAGGGUCCCUACUCCUCUCAGUGGCAGGCAGCUAUGGAUGCAGAGAUGGCUUCCUGGAAGUCCACAGGCACCUACGUCGACGCUGUCCCCCCUCCUGGGGCGAACAUCGUCAGUGGCAUGUGGAUUUUCAGGGUGAAGCGGCCGCCGGGUUCUCCGCCUGUCUUCAAGGCGCGUUACGUGGCUCGUGGCUCCAGUCAGCGGCAGGGGGUUGACUACUUUCAGACCUUCUCCCCCACCCCGAAGAUGACCACUCUUCGGGUUCUGCUGCACGUUGCUGCUCACCGUGACUACGAGCUGCACUCUCUCGACUUCAGCACAGCUUUCUUGCAGGGCAGUCUGCACGAGGAGAUCUGGCUGCGCCGCCCACCUGGCUUCACUGGGUCUUUCCCUCCUGGUACCCAGUGGAGUCUCCGGCGUCCAGUCUACGGUCUCCGCCAGGCGCCACGUGAGUGGCACGACACACUGAGGACUACGCUCGCGACUCUUGGGUUUGCUCCGUCUACUGCCGACCCGUCGCUGUUUCUGCGCACCGACACCUCUCUGCCGCCGUUCUACAUCCUCGUGUACGUCGACGACUUGGUCUUUGCCACAGCUGACACUGCUGGACUCGCCUACGUGAAGUCCGAGCUGCAGAAGAGACAUACGUGCACUGACCUGGGUGAACUGCGUAGCUAUUUUGGCUUGCAGAUCACCCGGGACAGAGCGCGCCGCACCAUUACCCUGACUCAGUCACACAUGGUGCAGCAGGUCCUUCAGCGCUUCGGCUUCACGUACUCCUCGCCUCAGGCCACUCCUCUGCCUACUCGCCACUCGCUCUCAGCUCUGCCUUCGGAUGAGUCCGCAGAGUCGAGUGGCCCGUUUGCAGAGCUUGUUGGCUGCCUCAUGUACCUGAUGACCUGCACACGUCCUGACCUUGCAUACCCUCUUAGCAUUCUAGCACGCUAUGUUGCUCCUGGGAGACACCGACCAGAGCACAUGGCUGCAGCGAAGAGGGUGUUGCGUUACUUGUGCAGUACGUCGGGCAUGGGGCUAGUGCUUGGAGGGCGCAGUCCAGUGGUCCUCACUGGGCACGCAGACGCUUCCUGGGCUGACGACCAGGCUACGCAGCGGUCGUCACAGGGUUGCACCUUCAGCCUUGGUUCCGGCUCUGUUUCGUGGCGGGCUACUCGCUCGUCUUCUGUUCUGGGCUCCAGUUGUGAGGCUGAGAUCUACGCUGGGGCUAUGGCUGCACAGGAGUUACGCUGGCUCACCUACCUGCUGACCGACCUUGGAGAGCAGCCUCGUUCUCCUCCAGUCCUGUACGUAGACAACAAGGCCAUGCUGGCCUUGUGUCGAGAGCAGCGACUGGAGCACAGAACGAAGCACAUUGCCCUCCGCUACUUUCUUGCUCGUGAGCUGCAGCAGCGUGGAUAG